AAAAACUGCCUUGAACGUCAACCAUACUGAUCAUCCUUCUUGCCAUGCUUUUCAUUUAAUUGUGAUCACUUUCAUAAAAAAACAUGUCUUGAAUAUUUUAUUGUUUGCUUCUGUCCCAUACAACAAAUAUAACUGACAAAUCACUGUUAUUUUUUGGCCAUAAUUUUUUAUUGUUUCCCAAUAAUACAUUUGUUCAGUCUGAAACUACAUUUUAUGGGCAAUGCUCAUUGGAUUAUCAGCAUGUCUCGGUGCAUCACUUCUACUUGGAACUCUAUUUGUUCCAAUCAAAACGGAUAUUUGACAAGUUUCAUGAUUUACGCCUAUAUGGAAUUUCCUGGAAUAUAUGGUUUGGCAAUGGUUGGUGGAGCUAUUUGGUCGACAACCAACUGCUUUGCAGUCCAAAUCAUGUCUCAUGUGGGAAUGGCAAUGUUCAUGCUUUUUGCGUCUUCAAUAUCUUGUCUGACAGGCUGGGCAAUAUCUAGAUUCGGUCUAUUUGGUGUACCUUCCGCCGUUCCAAUGAGCAUUUUACUCAAUUAUAAUGGGAUUAUUUUACUAAUAGUUGGGUCUUCAAUCUAUCCAUUUAUCAAGGUCAAUGUGGUUGGGUCGGUUGCUUCUGAUACUGUACUACCUAUGGAAAAACUGCACCAGCAUACUCAAAAUACGGAAGACAACGUUACCAUUAGUUACUGGAAAAAAGUGAUUGCAUGGAUUGGAACAGUGAUUGUUGGAUUAUCAUUGGGAGUAAUGACAACUCCAGUCACUUUACUCAUGACCCGUCACGACAUCUACCCAAAAUCAUCUGAAAUUACGUCACCCGUCUCGUUUCACUUUUCAUUUUUCACAGGAGUAAUGAUUGUUUCAGUAAUAAUCUUCAUUGCUUAUUGUUUUGUGCGCAAGGGAAAACCCUCAAUUCCUCCAAAAAUAGUGAUUCCUUCAAUGCUCAGUGGUGUAUUCUUUUCUGGAGCAAUGGCUUGUUUCUUCAUUGCCAAUGAACAGCUAUCACCAACAAUUUCUUAUCCAAUCUGUAUGAUGGCACCUGGAUGGAUAACUUCAGCAUGGAGCGUUUUCUAUUUCAGAGAAAUUUCUGGUCGCCGCAAUCUACUUCUCCUCGGUACUGCAUACGGCUUCACACUUUUCGGAGUUCUUGUUAUAACAGCGUCUCGAGUAGUCCAAUUAUGAGGACAAGCUUUUAUAUAAUAAAGAGAAACUUAUUUA